CCGACCUGUCAAAUACUCGCUGAAUUAACCCAGAACUUCUCAAAUCCACCGAUCAACGUAUCGACUCAACAGCUGCCAAAAAUUCGUAUUAAAAUAAGUUUCACGUGACUCCACCAGCUAACAUUAAUUUCAUUUUACGCAAUAGAAACAUGCAUCGAGCAAGAACAAUUGUGAACCAACUAGUGAGCCCGAAUGGUCAGAAAUUCGCGGGAUGGCUGUUGGCGAAAAACGGGCCGACCGUCAAUGUGUGUGCCUCGUGUCGAAAUUAUAACGUACCUGUGGCAUCUGAGCCGUUCCUGAACGGCAGUUCAUCGCAAUAUGUGGAGGAUAUGUACAAUGCCUGGCUGGCAGAUCCCAACAGUGUGCAUUCAUCUUGGGAUUCAUUCUUUCGAAACUCCGCCGCGGGAGGCCCUGGAUACCAGGCCCCCCCUACAUUAGCGCCCCUUGGUAAAAAUGAGGUACCCGCCAGUGCCCUGUUCCCCAUCGGAGGGACGUCCGCCCUCGGCACCGGCGCCAUCAACGAAAAGGUCAUCGACGAUCACUUGGCAGUCCAAGCCAUUAUCCGGAGUUACCAGAUCCGAGGACAUCACAUAGCGAAAUUGGACCCAUUGGGCAUCAACAGCGCCGAUUUGGACGACCAGACACCGCAAGAGCUCGUUUACAAAAAUUACAAUUUCGACCAUCCGUCACGAACAUACUCGGAGGAGUUACGAAGGCAAGUUCGACAGUUUAUGCAAAAUGACACCGACAUGGAUCGCGUCUUUAAACUACCCUCCACCACAUUUAUUGGCGGCAAAGAACAACAGUUGCCGCUUCGUGAAAUUUUACGUCGUCUCGAGCUGACCUAUUGCCGUCACAUCGGCGUGGAGUUCAUGUUCAUCAACAGUUUGGAGCAGUGCAAUUGGAUCAGACAGCGUUUGGAAACACCCGGCUCCACUGAUCUGUCGGCCGAUCAGAAGAGGUUGAUCCUGGCCAGAUUGACUCGUGCCACAGGUUUCGAGUCUUUCCUCGCCCGUAAAUGGUCCUCAGAAAAACGUUUCGGUCUUGAGGGUUGCGAAAUCCUCAUCCCCGCCAUGAAGACCGUAAUCGACAAGUCCACCGAAUUGGGCGUCGAAAGCAUCGUCAUGGGCAUGCCCCACAGAGGUCGUCUCAACGUGUUGGCCAACGUGUGCCGUAAACCACUCCACCAGCUGUUCACCCAGUUCGCCGGUCUCAAAGCCGCUGAUGAUGGUUCCGGUGACGUAAAAUACCACUUGGGAACGUACAUUGAAAGAUUGAACCGCGUCACCAACAAGAACAUCAGGUUGGCCGUCGUCGCCAACCCGUCCCAUCUUGAAACAGUCGAUCCGGUCGUACAAGGAAAGACCAGAGCUGAACAGUUCUACAGGGGAGACGGCGAAGGCAAAAAGGUAAUGUCCAUGCUGUUGCACGGUGACGCCGCCUUCUCCGGCCAAGGUGUUGUCUUCGAAACCAUGCACUUGUCUGAAUUGCCCGCCUACACCACCCACGGUACCAUCCACAUCGUCGCCAACAAUCAAAUUGGAUUCACCACUGACCCCCGUUUCUCCAGAUCCUCGCCUUACUGUACCGAUGUCGCUCGUGUCGUCAACGCCCCAAUCUUCCACGUGAACGCCGACGAUCCAGAAUCAGUCAUCCACGUGUGCAACUUGGCCGCCGAAUGGAGGGCCACUUUCCACAAGGAUGUUGUCAUCGAUCUGGUGUGCUACCGCAGGAACGGCCACAACGAAAUCGACGAGCCCAUGUUCACACAACCGCUCAUGUACCGCAAGAUCAAGAGCACCAAACCCUGUUUGGACAAGUAUUCAGAGCAACUCAUUCAAGAAGGCGUUGUCACCGAAGAAGACGUCAAACAGGUUAAGGAAAAAUACGACAAGAUUUGCGAGGAAGCUUUCGAACGUGCACGUCAAGAAACCCACAUCAAAUACAAGGACUGGAUUGAUAGCCCCUGGUCUGGAUUCUUUGAAGGCAAGGACCCAUUGAAGGUUAACCCAACUGGUGUCAUUGAGGACACUUUGGUGCACAUUGGCAAGAGAUUCUCUUCACCACCACCCAACGCCGCCGAAUUCAUCAUCCACAAGGGUAUUGAACGUAUUUUGAAAGCUAGAAUGGACAUGGUGGAGAAUCGCAUCAUCGAUUGGGCUCUUGGAGAGGCUAUGGCUUUCGGUUCUCUGCUCAAGGAAGGAAUCCACGUCCGUUUGUCUGGACAGGACGUUGAACGUGGCACCUUCUCCCACAGGCAUCACGUCUUGCACCAUCAGACAGUCGACAAAGCCACCUACCGCCCCCUCUCCAACUUGUACCCAGACCAAGCUCCUUACACCGUUUGCAACAGCUCAUUGUCCGAAUACGGUGUCUUAGGUUUCGAAUUGGGUUACUCAAUGACCAACCCCAACGCUUUGGUCAUCUGGGAGGCUCAGUUCGGAGACUUCGCCAACACCGCUCAAUGUAUCAUUGACCAGCUCUUGUCCAGCGGUCAGGCCAAAUGGGUCCGUCAAACUGGAUUGGUUAUGUUGUUGCCCCACGGCAUGGAAGGACAAGGACCUGAGCACUCCAGCGCCCGCUUGGAACGCUUCUUGCAAAUGUCCUCCGACGACCCCGACUAUUUCCCACCCGAAAGCGACGACUUCGCCGUCCGCCAGCUCCACGACAUCAACUGGAUCAUAGCCAACUGCACCACCCCAGCCAACUUGUUCCACAUCUUGCGUCGUCAAAUCGCUCUACCUUUCCGCAAACCCCUCAUCCUCAUGACCCCCAAGAGCUUGUUGCGUCACCCCGAAGCAAGAAGCUCGUUCGAUGAGAUGACCGAAGGCACCGAAUUCAAGAGAAUCAUCCCAGAUGUCGGUCCUGCGUCCGAAAAUCCCAAUGGUGUUGAAAAAUUGAUCUUCUGCAGCGGCAAGGUUUACUACGAUAUCAAGAAGGCCAACCAAGAGAAGGGAGUCGACAGCAAAAUCGCUCUCACUCGUGUUGAACAGCUUACUCCCUUCCCGUACGACCUUGUGAAACAAGAGUGUGCUAAGUACCCCAACGCUCAAAUCGCUUGGGCCCAGGAAGAACACAAAAACCAAGGUGGCUGGACUUAUGUCCAACCUAGAUUCCAGACCGCUCUUAGUGGAGCCAGAGAAGUCGUUUCCAAAAAGGGCGGUUGGUUCAGUAGUUUAUUUGGUAAAUCUGAACCGGAAACAAAACCUGUUACGGAUGUCGUCCCUGACACCAGAGUUGUUAGCUAUGUUGGCAGACCCGUAGCUGCCAGUACAGCCACUGGAAGCAAAGCCCAACAUCUUAAGGAACUUGCAACCCUCUUGGAUGAUGCCGCAAGACUUUAAAUGCAGUCAAGUUAUAUUAAAUUUAACCAAGAACCACCUAGAUUCCCAUUGAAAGUAAUAGUAAAUUGUAUGCUGUUGCACAGUUCAAGCGUUCAAGUAGACGUUGACCUGCGAUGAAUGGGGCACUAUGUUUUGUAAAUAUGAAAAGAAUUAUACUUAAUGUUUGUAUUGUGCGAUACGCUGUAUUUUUAGUGAUUAUUUAUUUAUUUCAAAUUGAGCAGGUAUUUUAAUAAGAUUUUAAUGAAAUAGUCUUUUAAAUCAAACUGCACUGAUAAAUUUAUGUAAAUGUAAAGUAUGUAAAUAGCACUUAUGUAGGUUUACAUAAUAACGCACUGUAAGUAUUUAAUGUCGACGAUGUAUGGGUAAGAAACUUAACUAUUAAACAAAAGUUUUUAUGCUGGAGUGUUUCAGCCAGGUGCAAAAUUACUAUCAACAAACAUAUUUAGUAUAAUACUCGAUAAAAUGUAUAAACGAGACGUGGUUAAGGUUUCAGAAAGUAUUUUAAAAAUAUGUUAUUUAUUUAUUGUAAGAAUGAAUGAUAUUUUGAAUGACAAAUUUGUUGCUUAAAA